CUCGGACAGGAUUUAUUUUGCUUGGUAAGCUAUUAUUGGAUGCGUGAUGGAGGUUUCUAUUUUUAGGGAAUUUAGAUCCUUGCGUGCGGUUGAACAGUCGUUGAGAUAACGAAGAUGGCAAUCGUCUUGGUCUUCCUUCUCAAGAGAGAGAAAGCUCACAACUGUUGGCCUGCUCGAAUUUGUUAUCUUCGUCGACUCAGUUCGCUCUGAAGGCACGGGCGUCUGAUCAACUUGACUUUGCCAUCGUGGUCGCCUCGGCAAGCAUCCAUCAGGCAGAACACCACGAUCGUGACAGCGGAUCAUGCGGGUACUAGCAAGUGACUGAGGAAAAAUGAUUAACUUGAAAGGGUCAGAGGCACCACGUCGAGACUAUCUAUGCAUUCGUGCCCUCGGCAAUAUCCUUCUUGGCAUGCUCGGCCAAGAUGUACGCUUCGUACUCAGCGACCUGAAUCGAGAUGACGACUGCAAUGACACCAGUAAGCCAUGCAAAGAAGAACAUCCAGUGAGCAGCUCCGCUCGCAGAAGUCAAGAAAGUUGCCCAAAGGACCAAGAGCGAGAGACCGAUCAUGGCGCCGUACAAAACGACUGCUGUCAAUGGCACGAGGACGAGGUCGAGCCAACUGUUGCCGCAGCACACGACCUUGUAAUUGUCCUCUUCGACCUCGCUGGUGGUGGACACUGCCCGCUUUGCCGCCGCCUUGGGGGUCUUGACAUCUUCCACUGCAUUGUAGUUGGCGUCAGAUUGGACGUCCAUCGUGCUUUGCGAUUCCGAAAUGUGCGCGAAGGAGUUCUCGGAUGCUAGGAAGAUGUGGCACGAAUUUCUCGUGUAUUUUUAUCCACAUCCAUACAAACACCACGUGUAUUAUAUUCUUG